AUGCCUGAUGCGUCCGUGCCUUGCGGACGAUGUAAGAAGCGAGGACUGCCGUGUACAGUCAAUCGAUCACUGCAGAUGCUGCUCGAAGAUGAUGCCUCGUGGAAGCAGACUGUCACUAGGAAGAUCACUGCCCUUGAGGAAUUCAUGGAGUCAGCCCGUGAGCAAUUGAAUACGCGUGCUGGUGAAUCUGCCCAAGAAAAGCAGCCUAGCCGCCAAAGCGAUUCCUGCUCACCCUCCACCAGCGACCAGUCUGCCAAACGUCGUCGCCGCGACUGGGAAAUCCGCAUGGAUACACAAAGUGGCCCGGUAACUAUCCCCGCCGCCUGCAUUGGCGAGGUCGAAGGGGAACGUCCUUUAGGCCCAGAGCAGCCGUCGAGCCCGCCCGAUAUCAUAUCCGAAGGCAUCGUCACCCUAGAUCAGGCGGAAACCCUGUUUCAUACAUAUUCAAAACGUCUGGAUCACUUUCUCUACCGCAUCCUUGAACCCAUGUCAAGCUUUAGCACGGUACGCGAACGUUCACCGGCGCUCCUUGCUGCCAUAUGCACGGUCGCUUCCCUUCAUUCCGAAGACUUGGGCCAUCUAUUUGAGGGGUGCCACGAGCAUUUUGUCACGCUUGCAUCACAACUGUCAAUGUCCGAGGCAGUAAAUAAUGAAGACAUACGAGGCCUUUGCAUCGGGGCAUUCUGGCUUCAUGGACUGUCCUGGAAUCUGGUCUCGAUAGCCGUCAGAGCAGCCACCCAAAACCAGCUGCAUCGAUUUUCUCGAAAGGUGCCCCUUGGGGACAGAACCGCGUACAUGCACACCCGCCUCUGGUAUCUGAUCUACGUGUGCAGCCAUCACUUUAGCAUCCCUUAUGGACGGACUCCCAUGAUUCCAGAAUGCGAGGCUAUCAGCUCCGUCUCCACACUUCUUGCUAGCCAGCAUGCCACUUCCGAUGAUGCACGCCUAGUCAGUCAGGUGCAAAUUUGGACGAUCCUUGGUCGGGCUGCCACAUCCUUCGGCUUCGAUGUUGACGAACAGAUCCCCGUAGAAUCUAUUCCCCGCCUACGAAGAUACAUCAUAGCGCUCGACACCUGGAGAGCGGAGUGGGAUGAGCGAUUUGGGCCAAGUGAGUUCGUGGGCGAGUAUCCCCGAAAAGGCGUUGGGAUGCAUUACCAUUUCACUAAGCUUUAUCUCUGCACGCAUGCUUUGCGUGGGCUAGAAUCCCGCCCAGCUGGCCAAGUUACUGAGACUCGGAUAGCUAGAGAGGCGGAAAGCAUGGACAGACUUACCCCUGGCUCCUCCAACAGUUGGAAAACGGGAUCUAGGAUUCAUCCAGAACUUGAAGAGAUUGGCUCAGUGGCUAUCAGCUCGGCCAAAUCCAUUCUACGACUAAUCAUACGUGACCCCGAGUUUCAGUCAUACCUCCAUGGAUUGUCUCUUUACUUUGACACCAUGAUCAUUUUUGCUGUCGUCUUUCUCCUCAGAAUCGCAACGCAAUAUUCCGACAUCGUUCCCGUUGACAAGUCUGAGCUUUUGGACCUUGUUUGUGAGUUAAGUCGGACUCUCACAUCCGUUACAGACAAGAUUCAUAGCCGACACUUGCUCGUCGUUAUUUGUAAGGGGGUCAAGGAUUUGUCAAUACGGUACUUGCAAGAAGUCGAAAGCAACAUGGCCGGAAAUGAAGUCGAGACGACACAGGGGCAAGCGCUCGGACUGCUAGAUCUCGAGAACGAGACGAGACAGCAUUCUAGUUCGGAUGGGUUGCUAUUAGACAGCGAGAACAUAGGUUUUGAUUGGACGGAUUUUGAUUUUUUGGCAACACAGGAUCCAUUUCUCGGAAAUGCAUCAUGGACUUUUGGCGUGUGA